AGGCUUUCGGCAUUGCUCCACGCUUCGUCUAGAUAUCGAUCCGAACAAAGUAUGAAGUCCACGGUGCUGCGGGUAUUCCUUUUACUCCGGGUCGUGCAUGUAGACUCAAAGUUUAUCAACAGAAGUCUGAGAACCAGCGGGCCCACGAGCAUAGCGAAUAGUUGGUAAUGAGCUACCGGUGCUAUUCUUUGCCUUGAGCUAACGCGAACGAGAAUCCAACGGCAUAAGUUUCCUCUGCAGAUUUCAUUUUGGCUUCUAUGCAUGCUAGCCAUGUGGCCUCGUGAAAUGACAUGCUCUCAUCGAUCGGUGCCCUCGUGAUGGAGAGUUAAGUCGGAGCGUGGAGGAAGCAGGCUAACAAGAACCCGGAAUGCCGGAGCAUUCUACGCAUCGGUACCGCUUUACUCUCUACUCUGCCCAUCAAUUAGUACAGAAUCCUCAGAAAUGGCUAUUGGCAGAAGAACAUUCCUCAUCGGUGGUGGCUGCACUGCGUUCAUCAAGCCUCGGGCGACGAGGACCACAGAAGACAUGGGUCUUGAGGCAGCCACGAAGGCUCUCCUUGAUGCUGGGAUAACAUACGAUUCCGUGGAGCUCGCUUGUGUGGGUUAUUGUUACGGAGAUUCUACAUCAGGACAGAGGGCUCUGUACAAUCUUGGCCUGACGGGUAUACCUAUUAUCAAUGUGAACAACAAUUGUUCUACCGGGUCGAGUGCACUGUACCAAGUAAACAAUGCCGUCAAGUUCUCGCAGGCUGAAUGCGCCUUGGCGUUGGGCUUCGAACGAAUGAAGCCCGGUAGUCUGGGGACUAACUUCCCUGAUAGACCUAGUCCGACGGUUUUAUUUAAUGAACGCUCCUUAGAACUGGAGGAUAAAUAUUUAGGUAAAAACCAUGGUCCUAGGUCUCCAAGACUCUUUUCAAACGGCGCAAAAGAGUAUUUCAACAAGUAUGGUGGCGGGAUUGUGCAUUUAGCGCAAAUUGCAUCCAAGAACCAUAAACAUUCGCUCAACAAUCCAUACUCACAAUUCAAAGAGGGAUGGAGCGAGGAGCAGGUCCUGAAGGCGCCGAAGAUCACGAACGAGCUUACGAAGUUCAUGUGCAGUCCUACAUCGGACGGCGCUGCUUGCUGCAUUGUCGCGUCAGAAAACUUUGUUCACUUGCAUGGAUUGGAGAACCAGGCUAUCGAGAUUGUUGCCUCUGUACUGAUGACAGACAUCCCCGACGCCUUUGAGAGCAUGAGUGCCAUGGAAAUUAUUGGCUAUGGAAUGACCAAGAAAUGUGCGGAUAAGGCGUUCAAGGAUGCGGGAUUUAAGGAUGGCGAAGGUAGGGAUCAGGUUGGCGUGGUAGAGCUACAUGAUUGCUUUGCUGCCAACGAGCUGAUCACCUAUCCUGCUCUCGGAUUGUGUGCUAAAGAAGAAGCACAUAAGAUGGUCGAGCGUUACGACAAUACUUAUGGCGGAAAAUACGUUAUUAAUCCUAGCGGAGGACUUGAAGCAAAGGGACACCCGCUAGGUGCUACUGGUCUUGGAAUGCACUUCUAUAUUACAAUGCAACUGCGUAACUGGGCAGGACCUAUGCAGGCGCUAGGUUUAUUCGACACGGCUGAUAAACGAGGGAAGUACGGGCUGGUACACAACCUAGGGCUCGGAGGAGCUGUAGUAAUAUCGCUUUUACGACGUCCGGAAUUCUACAAAGAGGGAGGUCCUGAUGGAAGGUCGAGAUUGGGUUAUAACCACGCGCAUAUAUGCAAGCCAAUAACAAUGCAGGAUGUGGACAAGGUGAAGUCGAAGAAUUCGUCUCCGUACAUCUUGAAGCAUGCCAAGCUUUGAGGCUUUAUUUUUGUAUUAUCACCAUCGCCUUUGUACUUGUAGUAGUAUUGAUAGUGUCCUUACCUGUCAGAAUACGAUGAUUAUUGUCGUGGUU